AUGUGCGUCAAGUAUAAAUCUGCAGAGGAGCGUCGAGAAGCUCAACUUAAAUCUAAGAAGGAGAGCUAUGCACGUCGCCGGCUUCAAGAACAGGCGAAGUCCCGCACACGAUGGCGACAUCGUAAAGGGGCAGCUGUGGAUACUCAAGAUCUUCUUCAGCGUCUCGACAGCUUAUGGAUAAGUUUAGGCUACUGCACUGGCUGCCGCAGUAGCACUAUCCAAUGUGAAUUCUUGGAAUUGUAUGGGAUGUCGAUCGUGAUUAGGGUAGACCGGGAGGGUUGGGAUUCAGUCAAACCAGGAUGUGAAGAAGGGCUUGCCGAGAUAACGGAUUUGCUCCAGCGGGCAUUUCAGUUGUGA